AUGACCGCUCUUCUACUAGUUGGUCUAGCUGUCUGCAUCGGCUACUACUUUGGAGCGGCUAGUGUCGUGGGUGAGACAUUGGCCAAUUCACAGGCGACUGAUUAUGAGGUGAUUGUGUGGCUGGGGGGCAACGCAUCCAGCUUCUCCAUCGGUCGAAUAAUGGAAUUUGCAGUUUCAAAUGUUGAAACGUUUGUAACAACAUCAAUCGAAUCAGCCAAAACUGAUGUGAAUAAGACAAUCAACACCGUAACGAAGAAUCUUCUGGAGGUGACAUUACCAGAUGAGAUUACCAGCCUACUGACAGCACUUAUGACCAACUUCAAAGUGAUGGAAAUAUUGGAGGCAGUGGAUGACUUGGUGUAUGCAAUCCUUAACGCGACUGAGUACUCGGAUUAUAUAUGGAAGAAAUAUAAUUUGACGGUACCUACCAUCGUCAACAACGCCCUCGAACUGAAUUUCCUCCUCAACUCUACUAUAACUAACUGCUCAGCAACUCCUUCAGAGAAUCUUCGAAACAAAUUUAAUCCAGCAAAGGUCGUGCCAGUGCCAUCCGAAGUGACGCUCUUGCUUAACAGAACACACAUCCAGUUACAAGAACUUAAGUCAAAUUUGGAUAACAUCACACAACAUUUGAAAGCUGUGCAGGAGGAGGUGAUGAAGGAACUGGAAAGUAAAUUGGACCUGCAACAAAUUCUCAGUGGUAUGUACGAUCUCAUGGGAAGCCUAGAAGAACAGUUUAACCAAAUCACCGUACAGAUAAACAGCAUGACCAGAAAGGUGUCUGGAUAUCUGGGAGAAUAUUCUGGCACCGCUAAGGCUGUUAUCUACGCCCUGUGCUUACCUUGCCUUCUGGCUGGUAUUCUCUUCCUCGUCCUUCUCACUUUCUAUCUGUUUGAGGCGAUUCGUCGUCACCUGUUCUCUAUCACGGGAGAGUCAGCAUCAGAGGGUACGUUUGAGUUAAUUAUCUCGAAAACCAUAACGUGUUGUUCUGUGUACGAGUUUCUUUUUCAAACGCUCACCGAUCUAGUGAGAUUACUCAAAGUGUGUUCCUCAUAA